AUGCAUGCUGUGACAACUUUAGGCAUUCCGUCACAUGAGCGCCUGUCAAGCUUACAUAUCACAUCGCUCUCCUCAAGAACCUCGGGGCAUCAACCUUCCUCUAGCAAGGAUGCGCAAGACCGAUCUCUCGUCGCCUCGCUCAGCGUGGCGGCACUUCACCACGUAUUGUACGCAAGAGCCCAAAUACCAGAACCCGUCGCUUUGCUGCAGCGCCAGCAAACGAGCAUGAUAUCCACAGAGCGCAGCGCGGCAGUGCUCAAGAGUGCUAGAGCGAGGAAGAGAGCAAAGGUACGAUGAUGUGCGAUGGCAAGAUCACAACCCCACGCUGACGGCUCCUCGCCCAACAUGGCUUUACAGCUUUUGGCUUCCUUGCUACGCUUUUCGGAUGCCCUAGCCGCCGCUCUGGAUGCUUUUGCGGAUCUCCCUUCGACUUCAGAUCGAGCACACGAUGUGCCGCUGCUCAUAGUCAUUGGACCGUCUCUAAUGCUUCCCAGAGCCAUCUCUCACGUCUACCUCAAAGAUGCCGUCGCUGGCAGUGAGUCCGUCGGUGGUGUCGCGGCGUCAGCUGAGCCUGCACCAGGCAAAGAGCAAGUUGGAAAAAGCUCGUCAAGGCUUCGAAGUGCUCUCGAGCGCCAGCUGGUGCGCUUUCUGGUGGAACGUGACAAUGGGGAUGACGAAGUAAAUGGCGGCAAGCUCGGUAUAGGUGCGCCUCUGGGUGAGUAGAUGCGGAAGCAUGCAUCCGUACCUUUCUUUAACUUUGUGUUCUCUGAACGCUCGCACUGUCACGUAGGCUCCCAUAAGACACACGUGCUUCUGCGAGCUCCCAGCGAAUUCUCUGCGCCUGGCUGGGCGCCCAAGAGGAAUCUACGGCUGGAUCUGCGCGGCUUCGAGGCGCGUACGCACGUAACUGUAGAGAGCGAGUCGAUGAUUCGAGAAGGCCAUGCUGUUGGGCUAUUGCACUCCUCGAUGGAUGGCACCGAGGGGAUCACAGACACUGCCGGGCAGCCUGGCGAGCAGAGCAUGUCUCUAUCGCAUCACCUGGAUCAGGCGGCUGCCGACACCAACGCGAUGGACAACGAAGAGGCAGAGCUCGCGGCUUUAGCCCAGGCGUUGAGCCCAGUCAAGCGAAGAGCACAUGUCGCGGGGAGCAACCUGCCUGCCGUCCCUUCCGGUAGUCGGCCGGUGCUCGGAAGGGUAGUCAGUCAAGGAUCGCACACCACAGACUACGCUUCCACUCUCUCGCCGUUGAGUAAGAAGCGGUGUCUGGCUCCGCCACUCAGCUGUGACGAGCCACGUCAUCACCUUGUGGGUCCCCAGGCGCCGUUCUUGGACCUGUCAAAUGCGCCAUACUGCGGAACCGAUCGGGCGAGCACGUCGCUGGACUCCUAUGAUACAGAUACCUCUGCGAGUCCGACCGAAGAACGCUCUGCUAAGCGACUGCUUGAUGUGUCCACUGCGCUAGAAGGACUUAGCCUUGGUCAGAAACACCUAUCAGCGACCGCUGGCGGGCACAGCGAUACAGAGAAGACAGAUUUCGUGCUUAGCGAUGCAGACCGCACCUCUCUCUCCGACGAUCUGGCCGUACCGGCAGCAUCUAGGCCAUCCCGCAUCAUGCCCAAGAAUAUGCGGACGAACAGCCUGCUUGCUCGAGCUCGACUGUCGGCCACAUCCAAUUCUUCCUCACGCGCCAGCACUCCCUCCGACGAGCACCGGAACAACUCAAAGCCUCCCAAACGAGCACCUCCACUUGCCGGUGGCUUUGUUGUGGAUUGCGGACUUUCGUCGGGCAUGGUAUGCGAUCCAGAGCAAGGCCUUUCAAGCGACCAAGCCAGGCAUGGAGCUGCAUCGAAGGGCACAGGCGGCAUGUGGUUCGUGUGCGAGACGGUCAUUCCAUCGUUCAGCUGA